ACCAUCCCACCCCACUCCCGGCUCACGUUAGCGCCCAUCCAUGCCCUUCUCAAUUCUGCCCACGCAUCUUCCCCUUUCUUUCUCCCCCUACGCCCUUCUUCCCCAUUAUCCCUUUACUAUUUCCCUGUCUAGGGUUAGGGUUCGCCGGCCUUUCAUUCGUCUUCACUUUUUCCCCAUCGGCUUCCGGCUAUUCUCCCAGCCUAAUCGAGUUUACGCCAUUCAUGUUUUCGUCCCUGAUGCUUUCCUCUCGCCGGAGACUGUAGUUAAUGGAUGCAAAGAAUCGUCUUUCCUACUCCAAUUUGUUCAAUCUUGAGUCUCUGGUGAACUUUCAGCUUCCACGGGGCGAUGAUGAUGAUUUUGAUUACUAUGAAAAGAGUAGCCAGGAUGAGAGUAGAGCUAGCCAAGGUGUGGUAGGGGAACAAAAUAAUGGGAUGGUCUCUGGGCGGGAGUUGAAGAAGAAGAGGCGGAUUGCAUAUAGUAGUGAAGAGGACGAAUACAGAACUAAUAGGACUACAUAUAUCUCAGAGGAAAAGUACAGAUCAAUGCUGGGAGAGCACAUUCAUAAAUAUAAGAGGAGACUUGGUACAUCCACACCAAAUUCCACAUCAACACGGAGUGUGAUGCCUAGUGUAAAAAACAGUUUUGGUCCGAAGGAUCUGGAACUAAAAAGUGAUCAUCGAGGACGUUUGUUUAAAGUUGACUCUGCACCAGAGUUUCAAAGCAAAAGUAAUUCACAAAAGCCAGGAAACCAUCUCCAAUCUGACGUACCAAAGUUUGUGGUUGAUAGAUCAAAUUAUGAGCCUGCUUUUUUGGAAAUGGGAGGAGGAAAGAUUUAUAGCAUCCCCCCUCCUUAUGAAAAGCUGGCUGCUGCAUUGAGCUUGCCUAGUGUAUUAGAUAUCCAAGUUGAUGAAAUUUACCUUCAGGGAACUCUUGAUUUGGAGACUUUGGAUGCAAUGAUGAUUUCGGAUAAGAGGCUUGGUCCUAGAAUCCAUAGAGGAAUGGGUGAUCCUAUACCCCAGUAUGGAUCUUUACAGGCAAGACUUAAAUCUCAGUUGAGUGAUAGCUCAAACACAAAAUUCACUCUUAAAGUCAGUAAAGCUGCAUUGGAGGCAUCUUCUAUUCCCGAGGGGGCAGCUGGGUCAAUACGGCGUUCUAUCUUGUCCGAGGGUGGUGUUUUGCAGAUUUACUAUGUUAAGGUGCUGGAGAAAGGAGACACAUAUGAAAUUAUUGAACGUGCUUUGCCCAAAAAGCCAAAGGUGGAGAAAGACCCUGCCAUGAUUGAGAAGGAAGAGAUGGAGAAGAUUGAAAAAUAUUGGGUGAAUAUGGUUAGGAAAGACAUAUCAAAACAUCACAGGCACUUCACUAAUUUUCACAAAAAGCAGUUCAUUGAUGCCAAGAGGUUUGCAGAAACAUGUCAAAGAGAGGUAAAAUUGAAGGUCGGCAGAUCUCUUAAGCUAAUGAGAGGGGCUGGAAUACGUACUAGGAAACUCACGAGGGACAUGUUGGUAUUUUGGAAGAAAGUUGACAAGGAGAUGGCUGAAGUAAGGAAGAGGGAGGAAAAAGAAGCUGCAGAAGCUUUGAAACGGGAACAGGAGCUUCGUGAAGCAAGGAGGCAACAACAAAGGCUUAACUUUCUGCUGUCACAGACUGAACUUUACAGUCACUUCAUGCAGAACAAACCGACUUCACAAGCCGACACCGAUGAGAGAGCAGAUGACAAAGAAGUGCUGUUGACUUCUGCUGAAGCUCAGCCCGGAGAGGAAGACCCUGAAGAGGCUGAGUUGAGAAUGGAGGCUCUAAAAGCUGCUCAAAAUGCCGUCUCUAAGCAGAAAAUGAUGACAAGUGCAUUUGAUAGUGAAAUCUUGAAGCUGCGGCAAGCUUCUGAAACUGAGAACUUCCAACCAGAUGCCUCAGUUUCUGGUUCUACUAACAUUGACUUAUUGCACCCGUCCACAAUGCCUGUAGCAUCCACAGUGCAAACACCGGAAUUAUUCAAAGGCACCCUAAAAGAAUAUCAGCUGAAAGGUCUUCAAUGGCUUGUUAAUUGUUACGAACAGGGUUUAAAUGGCAUUCUUGCUGAUGAAAUGGGUCUUGGGAAGACUAUUCAAGCAAUGGCAUUCUUGGCUCACUUGGCAGAAGAAAAGAAUAUAUGGGGUCCAUUUUUGGUGGUUGCUCCUGCUUCUGUCCUGAACAACUGGGCCGAUGAGAUAGGUCGUUUCUGUCCUGAUCUAAAAACACUUCCAUAUUGGGGUGGGCUGCAAGAGAGGACAGUGCUUAGGAAGAAUAUUAACCCCAAGCGCCUUUAUCGACGGGAUGCUGGAUUCCACAUCCUCAUCACUAGUUAUCAACUUCUAGUUUCUGAUGAGAAAUACUUUCGUCGUGUUAAAUGGCAAUAUAUGGUGUUGGACGAAGCCCAGGCAAUUAAAAGCUCAACCAGUAUAAGAUGGAAGACAUUACUGAGUUUCAAUUGUCGAAACCGCUUGCUUUUGACUGGUACUCCAAUCCAAAACAACAUGGCUGAGCUAUGGGCUCUCCUGCAUUUCAUUAUGCCCACUUUAUUUGACAGUCAUGAACAAUUCAAUGAGUGGUUUUCGAAAGGAAUCGAGAACCAUGCCGAGCAUGGUGGAACCUUGAAUGAACAUCAGCUGAAUAGAUUGCAUGCAAUUCUUAAGCCAUUCAUGUUGCGACGGGUAAAAAAGGAUGUAGUCUCUGAGUUAACUGGCAAAACUGAAGUAACAGUGCAUUGCAAGUUGAGUUCGCGACAGCAGGCAUUCUAUCAAGCUAUAAAGAACAAGAUAUCCAUUUCGGAGUUGUUUGAUAGCAGCCGUGGUCAUCUUAACGAGAAAAAAAUAAUGAACCUAAUGAAUAUUGUCAUCCAGUUGAGGAAGGUUUGUAACCAUCCGGAGUUGUUUGAGAGAAAUGAGGGAAGCACUUAUUUCUAUUUUGGGCAGAUUCCAAAUUCACUUCCUCCUCCUCCAUUUGGGGAACUGGAGGAUGUAUAUUGUUCCGGUGAAGGAAGUCCUGUUACAUACCAGAUGCCAAAAAUGGUCUUCCAAGAAAUCCAGGAUUCAAAUAUGUUGGGACAUGGUAUGACCAGAGAAUUAUUUGAAAAAUAUUUCAACAUAUUCUCUCCUGAGAAUAUCCAUUAUUCUGUACUCAGACCAACUCAGAAGGGCGAAGAUUAUCAUGUUCAAAGUGGAACAUUUGGGUUUACUCGCAUGGUUGAUCUGUCACCUAUGGAGACAUCAUUUUUGGCAACUAGUUCUUUCCUGGAAAGGUUAUUGUUUUCUAUAGUUAAAUGGGAUAGGCUAUUUUUGGAUGAGAUGUUGGACCUGAUGGAGAGCAACGAUGUCGAACCCUCCAUCAGUCACAUUGGACAGGACAAAGUGAGAGUUGUCACACGAAUGUUACUUUUGCCAUCAAAGCCGGAGGCAACUUUAUUGAAGAGGAGAUUAGAAGUUGGUUCUGGCGAUGCUCCAUUUGAGGCUUUAGUCAUGCCUUACCAGGAUAGGCUAUUGUCUAGUAUUGAUUUUCUACGUUCCAUAUAUUCUUUUAUACCAAGAGCAAGAGCACCUCCAAUAAAUGCAAUUUGCUCAGACCGGAAUUUUGCGUACAAAAUGGUUGAAGAACUGCAUAAUCCAUGGAUUAAGAGGUUAUUUGUGGGAUUUGCACGCACCUCUGACUGUAAUGGUCCUCGGAAACCAGGUGUCUCACACCCAUUGAUACAGGAGAUUGACUCAGAACUUCCUGUGUCAUUACCUGCCCUUAAGCUUACAUACAAAAUUUUUGGGUCAUGUCCUCCCAUGCAGCCAUUUGAUCCUGCAAAGAUGCUCACGGACUCAGGGAAGCUGCAAACACUCGACAUAUUAUUGAAACGAUUGCGUGCUCAAAACCAUAGAGUUCUUCUCUUUGCACAAAUGACAAAAAUGUUGAACAUUCUAGAGGACUACAUGAACUACAGAAAAUAUAAAUAUCUAAGGCUUGAUGGAUCCUCCACUAUAAUGGAUCGUCGAGACAUGGUUAGAGAUUUCCAACAUCGGAGUGAUAUAUUUGUGUUCCUGCUAAGUACUAGAGCUGGUGGACUGGGAAUAAACUUGACAGCUGCUGACACAGUCAUAUUUUAUGAAAGUGACUGGAAUCCCACUCUUGAUCUUCAGGCAAUGGACAGAGCUCAUAGGCUUGGUCAAACUAAAGAAGUUACAGUUUAUCGCUUAAUUUGUAAAGAGACAGUUGAAGAAAAGAUAUUGGUGAGAGCGAGUCAAAAAAACACAGUUCAACAGCUGGUGAUGACAGGAGAACACGUUCAGGGCGACCUUAUGGCCCCAGAAGACGUGGUCUCUUUGCUGCUUGAUGAUGCCCAACUUGAGCAGAAACUAAAAGAAAUUCCUCUUCAGGCUAAGGAGAGACAGAAGAAGAAAGGUGGAACUAAUAAGGGCAUAAGGGUCGAUGCAGAUGGAGGUGUGUUUUUGGAAGAUCUUACAACAGCGAUGGGUAAAGACGAUUCCGCCACUGCUGACCCUCCUAACAAAGGAAAAUCAAGUAAAAAGAGGAAACCAUCAUCCACGACUGACAAGCAAGCGCCACCGCCAGCAAAGCCUCAAAAGGCUCCGAAGAAUGUUGCAGGUUAUCCUUCUUCUUCUCCCGCCUCCAUGACGGCAAUAGUGAAAGACUAUGAUGAUGAUGAUGAUGAUGAUGAAAUGGAUGGAGACCGUCAUCCGUCUACAAAUGAGAUCAUUAACCAACAGAGACCGCCAAAAAGGGUGAAAAGGGCAACAAAGAGCGUGAACGAGACCCUUGAACCCGCAUUCACUGCUCUGCCGCCGCAGCCACCAACCCAUGAGAAUCUAAAACCACCUCUCCCUCCUGAUGGUCCCACAGGCUGAUGUGGCAGAACAAGGAUUUGUAUAGCAAUGUUGUGUACAGAAAUAAACAAAACAAUACUACGUUGAAGAAGACAAAGGAGCUGUGGGCAGUUAUGUACAGUGGGGGGCAUUAGGAGCUGUUUGGCUGGCUGGUUUUACAGUGGUUGGGUUUUUUUUGACACUAUGGCUGUGCAAUAUGUACUUGUAUUAAUUUAAUUUAAUAACAGUAGAUGAUUGCAGUAGAGGAAUUGUGAUUUGUAUUAGGGCAAGAAACCAGCAAAAUAUGUCCAUUGGGAAAAAGGUUUUGCAAAUAAUCUACUCAUUGGUUA